CGGGCACGGCAGCGGGGCGGCGGCGGGGCCCGAGCCCAGCGCCCGAGCUCCAGCAGCGGGGCCGCCCCGCGCCGCCGCCGCCGCGCACGAUGUGGUGGGACGAGCGGGUGUCGGCGCGGUUCCGGAGGAACCUGCAGCCCACCCUCACCUACUGGAGCGUCUUCUUCAGCUUCGGCCUCUGCAUCGCCUUCCUGGGGCCCACGCUGCUGGACCUGCGCUGCCAGACCCAGAGCUCGCUCUCGCAGAUCACCUGGGUCUUCUUCUCGCAGCAGUUCUGCCUCCUGCUCGGCAGCUGCCUCGGAGGGGUCUUCAAGAGGACUACUGGAUGCCUGACAGCCAGUGCAAAGAAUGUUACGACUGUAGUGAGAAAUUCACCACUUUCCGAAGGAGGCACCACUGUCGACUCUGUGGGCAGAUCUUUUGUAGUCGAUGCUGCAAUCAGGAAAUCCCUGGAAAAUUCAUGGGUUACACAGGCCCUGCACUUCUUCGUGGGUUUCGGGGCGCUGCUGAGCCCCCUGAUCGCCGACCCCUUCCUGUCGGACACCAACUGCAUCCUGGCCAACGGCACGGCCAACGCCUCCAGCAACCUCCCGCACAUCCGCAAGUCCCUGGUGCCACACCACCCCGGCAACCUGUCCCACUACGACCUGCCCAUGAAGGGCAUGGUGGUGACACGCGUGUCCUACGCCUUCUGGAUCAUGGCCCUCAUCAAUCUGCCGGUGCCCAUCGCUGUGUUCUUCCUGCUCUACAAGGAGCGGAUGGUGCCCUGCUUCAACGGCAGCAGCCACCCACUGCUGUCAGCUGACGAGCUGGCCCUGGAGACACGGCCUGGGGACAAGGACGAGCUCUCCACCGCUGGCCAGAGACCCCACACAGCCGCAGGUCACGAGGAUUUGUUCAGCUGCUGCCAAAGCAAGAACUUCCAAGGGGUUUCCUUCACCUAUUUCGCCGUGCACAUCACCGGGGCUCUGGUUCUCUUCAUGACUGACGGGAUCGUGGGAGAGUACUCAGGCUUCGUGUACAGCUACGCCGUGGAGGAGCCGCUGGCCGUGGUGCACAAGGUGGCCGGGUACCUGCCCAGCCUCUUCUGGGGCUUCAUCACCCUGGGCAGGCUCAUCUCCAUCCCUGUGUCCUACAGGAUGAAGCCAGCCACCAUGGUCUUCAUCAACGUGGUUGGGGUCCUCAUCACCUUCCUGCUGCUCCUGAUUUUCUCCUCCAGCGUGGUUUUCCUGUUUGUGGGCACAGCAUCCCUGGGGCUGUUCCUCAGCAGCACCUUCCCCAGCAUGCUGGCCUACACCGAGGACAUCCUGCAGUACAAAGGUUGUGCCACCACCGUGCUGGUGACUGGAGCUGGCAUUGGAGAGAUGGUGCUGCAGCUGCUGGUGGGCUCGAUUAUCCAUGAUCGAGGCAGCUACAGUUUCCUGGUCUGUGGGAUGAUCUUUGGAUGCUUGGCCUUCACCUUCUACGCCCUGCUGGUGUUUUUCCACAGGAUGUACCCCAAGCCCUCCGCAGAGCUGGACGAGGCCUCCCCGGAGAAAGCAGCAGUGCCCGAGGACACGGGGCAGUACCAGCGCUGAGGGAGGGCCCGGCUCUGCACAAGCAAUAAACCAGCCCCAAUUAAGCAUUUCUCCCAAGGGUGAUUUCACAUUUAAUGAACUGAAUCAUGCAAGUUCUCUGCAAUCAAAAGCACAGUAGGUGGGGUAAGGCAGAAUCGAGGAAAUCCAGCCCAAAAUGUCAAGCUGAGCACUGGGGUUGUGCCAAAAAUCCUGCCAGCCUGAUCCUGGGACUAAAAGCAGGGACAUUUGCACAGCAGUUCCUCCUGCAAAUGAAGUUUUUUCUCCUGCAAAUGAAGUUUUUUUUCUUCUGCAAAUGAAGUUUUUUUCUCCUGCAAAUGAACUUUUUUUUUUUACCUGCUCAGGACAGAGGGUGAAAAGGAAAAGCUGCUCUCUGCUCCUCAUCCAAGACUGAAUGUCUCCUGGCUUGAAUAGAUUUUAUUUCUGGCCUGUGGUGCACAGGAACCCACUGGAAUUUGCAGCACAAUCCUGGGUUUUCAUUCGUUUUUGUCACUAAUUCUGUGCCACCUCCCUUGAUCCUUCCCAAGGGGGGAAGUCCCACAGUGGCAGAGCCCCCCAGGUGCACACAGGCAGCAGGGCCUGUCUCUAUUUGCACACUUAAUUCCUGUAUAUUCCACACUCUAAACAGUGUCUUACUCAGCAUGCUCAGGCCUCUUAAAUGAUUUUAAGUAAUCAUUUGCCUUUUUUUUUUUUUUUUUUUUUUUUUUUGG